AGUUGUUCCAAAGCAUAGAGUAUGUGACCUAUUAAAAUUUUCGGGAAACAUAUAUCUGCGGAACAGCUGAUUUAUCGAUAGUCGUACAAAUAAUGUGCUUUUAAUAUUCGAUAACUCGAGUAAAUUAUGAAACGAUAUCAGUUUAUCAUGGAAAAACCUUAUCUUUACAAAUCAUCGUGAGAAAUCAAUAGUGCAAUUACUAAAGAUGUGCGUAACGUAACUAAAUAACGUUACGUUCUUUUGUGCUGAGAAGAAGUUCAAUUAUCGAGAAUCGUGCCACAAAAUGAACUUGAGAAGGUUCAUAUAAAUCUGUCCCGAAACUAAACCGAAAAAUUCAGUCUGCUAAAAUCAGUGGAAGUAUGAUAGAGAUUGAGCCGACAGAAUGAAGCUACAGAAGUUGUUGCUUUUACUAUUGCUGGUUAUGCCAGCUUCGUCCGAGCCAGAGGUUUUCAAGAAACAGUCGGACAAUUCGGACGAAGAGGCGGAAGAGGAUGUCAGCUUGGAAGAGAAUAUAUUCGAACAUUUGCGCGAUAUGGCUUUGCACGACACUAUCCUAAAAACGAUACCAGCCUCUGAACCGUACCUCAACGAAAAGAUCACAAAAAAGAAAGAGGAAAUAGAGAACGAACCAAAAACUAAAGACGAAAGUUCCGUUAUGAGAUACGUUUGGAUGAAAGCGAUGACGGCGCAGACUAAGAACAUAGACUUACCAAAUAAUAGUAAUUUAAGAAUCGACGAGGAAGAAAACGACGUAUGGAGCAAAGAAGAAUUACUCGAGCCCUAUAACGAAGAGAUCCAGGAACCGCUUACACCGGAACAACAAGAGGUCGAGCAGAUAUUUAGGAAAGCGCAGAGACUUUUGAACACUACGCGGGCUAAUAAAGCAGAAGCUUACGAGCUGUUAAUGUCUGCUGCGUUUCUCGGCCAUCGCGAAGCUAGAUCUAUGCUGGCGUGGGCUAAAUUGUUAGGGAUGCAAUUUGGUUCAACUUCAUUCUGGACGUCUAGUCAAGAUAUUCAAACUGCCCACCAAACGUUUAAAGAACUUGCUGAAACUGGGCUACCAUCUGCUCAUAUGGGCAUGGGAUUCCUAUACGCAACAGGAUUAGGCGGAGUAAAUGCUUCGCAAGCUAAAGCACUUCUUCAUUACACAAUAGCAGCUCUAGGUGGAGACACGCGUGCACAAAUGGCUUUGGGCUAUCGCUACUGGGCUGGCAUCACGACACCAGCUUCCUGCGAGAAAGCUUUAGACUUUUACAGCAAGGUUGCCAACAAGGUCGCGGAGGAAGUUUCCUUCAGCGGGGGGCUAGUCGUUCAACGAAUUAGGCUUCUAGACGAGUACGAAAAUCCCGGGUAUAGCUCGGGAAUUUUUGAUCAGGAUCUGAUAGAGUACUAUCAGUUGUUGGCAAACAAGGGAGACACACAGGCUCAAGUUGGAUUGGGACAGCUACACUAUCAGGGUGGCAGAGGUGUUCCGCUGGAUCAUGUUAAAGCAAUGCAUUAUUUCCAGCAUGCUGCUGAUGCUGGAAAUCACGUUGCCAUGGCUUUUCUGGGGAAGAUCUAUUUAGAGGGUAACGAAAUAGUGGAGCAGGAUAACAAAAUGGCGUACAAAUAUUUCAAGAAAGCUGCGGAACUAGGAAAUCCUGUUGGGCAAAGUGGUUUGGGGCUCAUGUAUCUUUACGGAAGGGGGGUGGAAAGAGAUACAGCAAAAGCUCUCCAGUACUUCAGCCAAGCUGCGGAGCAGGAGUGGGUAGACGGACAGCUUCAACUUGGCAACAUGUAUUUCAGUGGAACAGGUGUGAAACGCGAUUACAAAUUAGCUAACAAGUACUUCAAUCUGGCUAGCCAGUCUGGUCAUGUAUUGGCGUACUAUAACUUGGCGCAAAUGCACGCUACUGGCACAGGCAUGAUGCGUAGCUGCACGACUGCUGUCGAGCUUCUGAAAACUGUUGCUGAAAGAGGCAAGUGGAGCGACCAGCUAGUGGUUGCUUACACGAAUUACAGAGAGGGUCGAAUCAACGAGGCUUUCGUCAACUCUGCUCUACUUGCUGAAAUGGGCUACGACGUUGCACAGAGUAAUGCUGCAUUCAUACUUGACAAAGGAGAGACUACGAUAUUGUCGGAGGAGGAAGGAUUGGUUAGAGCACUUACUCUGUGGGCCAGAGCUGCUUCACAAGGAUACUCUGCCGCCCAGGUGAAAUUAGGAGACGCGCAUUACUAUGGUAAAGGAACUAAAGUCGACUACGAGGCUGCAGCUAGUCACUAUCGAUCAGCUUCUGAGCAACAACCUAACGCCCAAGCGAUGUUUAACCUUGGAUAUAUGCACGAGCGCGGUUUGGGUCUGGCUAGGGAUCGACAUUUAGCCAAACGAUGCUACGAUCUUGCUGCUGAGGCCAGUCCAGACGCCAAAAUCCCUGUAGCGUUGGCUCUCAUUAAACUAUCUUUCCUUUUCGGUUUGGACUACCUACAAGAGUUUAGCCUCGUCGAUCAUCUGAACAAAUGGGAUCAGCUGUUGGGCCAGAACUGGGAUUUGUAUCUCAUAGGAAUGCUCACCGGCAUGCUCAGUUUAAUAAUUUACUUCCGCAGGCCGCAGCCACCGCCACCUAGGAUGAAUUGAAUUAGUACUUUAUUUUAGACGAGAUCAAGUUCGUUACUACACGCACGCGCGUGCAUACUGAUUUCUUUUUUCGGUUUUAUUGUACCAUCUUACUUGAAGUAUAUUUCAUUCUUUGCGAACAUUC